AUGCCCUUACAUGUGCAAAAGAUAAUACUGUUCAUGCUACAGAAGGGUACUAUAGGAUAUUACGUAAAACUUGGUGGUAUUUUCAUAGGAUCCAUAGAAGGUUUUGCAUCGAUUUCCCUGACAUUGCAAUCGGAAUAUGAUCUCGAAGAAUUGACCAUGCAAAUUUCCUUCUUGAGUUCCCAAUAUCUGUAUAUCUUCGUGGGCAGCUACAUCGCCCAAGAAAUCACGAAUCACAAUAAUCAUGUGUUCGUCACCGUAUACGACAUACAAUGGUACGUGGCGCCUUUACAUGUGCAAAAGAUAAUAUUGUUUAUGCUGCAGAAAGGCACCAAGGCUUAUUAUGUGAAGCUUGGCGGUAUCUUCGUAGGAUCAAUGGAAGGUUUCACAUCGUUGCUAAGCGCUACGAUAUCUUACUUCACCGUUAUUUAUUCAACACGACAAUAA